CACACAUGUAUGGCUGAUUUCAGGAAUUCAGUAUCUUAGAUGAGGAUAGACUGAUCCAACAAGAAACGACAAGACAGCUCAAUGACUAUUGCAAUAACUUGAUGAUGAAGUAUUCUGAGUUUAAAGAAGAAGCCGAAGCAAAUGACUAUCCAGAGGAGUCCACUCCAUUGUUUAUAGUAGAUGAACGCUCUGUUAAAUCAGUUCUACAGCUUGAUCGAAUAUUCAAGGAGGGGACAAAAACAAAUGCCAGAAAGAGAGCGAAUGAAAAAUAUGAUUUUGUAUCAAGGCCAAGGGCUUAUACUGAUAAAAAAGACAACUGGCCCAAAGAGUUUGAUUUUAUAUGCAGAGGGUUGAUGUCACAUUUGGGACCUCCAUUGCACAAAGAUACACUCGUUCAGCUGCCUCCGUUUAAUAGUACCGAUCUUGUGAGUCUCUCAAUCAUGGCCUGGCCCGGUGCAGGAAUAGAUUUGUUUCGUAAAACUAGACAAGUCAUUCACAUUGCUGACCUCGUUAGGAACAACACGGGAUUAGAGACAAUUGAGCUUGGGUUCACUGGGCUCUCAGAUGUCGGACUAACUCAGAUCAUCGAUCCUCUUUCUAACCUACCGAAGCUUACAUUCCUGGAUCUCAAGGGCAAUAGACUCACGCAACAAGCUGUGGAUAUGUUCACCCAGAUGUUGAAAGAUGAGGCUAAAUUCCCUAGUAUCCUUUGGAUAGAUUUACGGAACAAUAUUGACAUUUUAACCCUGCCAAACAUAUACUUAGAUGCCAUAUCAAAACGCUGGCCAACGCCAAAUGACACCGACGAACAGACAGUACAAUUACCCACCCAUAGAGAAUUGGCUGAGGGUCAGGUCAUCGUUAAAGACGGUCAAUUCGAGACCGUAACAUAA